AUGCCCGAAGUUGAGAGUAGGGAAGCCAAAGUUAAUCGGCUUAAGGAAUUGUUGGAUGGUAAAAAGUAUCUACUGGUCUUGGAUGAUGUUUGGAAUAAAGAGUCCGCACUAUGGAAUGAGUUUAUUGGGUCUUUGAGGGGUACUAGCCAAGCCAUGAGGAGCUGGAUUCUUGUGACCACUCGUGACCAACAAGUGGUAGACAUCAUGAAAAUUUCUUCUCAUCAAGAGUAUUCAUUGAAAGAAUUAUUAGAUCAUCAAUGUUGGCUGAUUCUCAAAGAAAAUGCAUUUGGCACUAGGCAAGUGCCAAAUAGGCUGCAAGAUAUAGGGUUCAAGAUUGCGCAAAAAUGUCGAGGCUUACCAUUAGCUGCAAGCGUUCUCGGUGGCAUGCUGUGCGACAAGGGAAUAGAUGAAUGA